ACGAAAAAGCUCUGGAAAUUAAAAAAAAAUCUUUGGAAUCAAAGUUUCAAGAGUGGAAAUACAAUGAUAAAUCUAAGAGCCAUAAAGAAAUGUUUUCAAAUUUGCUUAAAAGUGCACGCAAUGGCAGUGUAGAGGUUGAACAAGUGAGUGAUGUACGUGUGAUUUUUUCGGAUGAUUUUUGCAUCGGUAAAGGAAGUAACGAGACCCGUGUUUUUCUUGGACUGGGAAAGGAUGGUUACGGCAAAGCAGUGAAACGAAUACGUCGAGACAACUGCAUGAAGCUUGCACAGAAAGAAAAGGAAAUUUUAAAUCAAUUCAACGCAAAGAAAUCGAAAUAUGUUGUGAAUUAUUCAUUCUUAAAAGAAGAUACUGGAACGGAGUAUGUCUAUUUAAUAUUAGACUUAUGUGAAGAAUCGUUGGAGAGUUAUGUGAAAUCUUCUUCUCUUAGUGAUCUUCAAAACGCUCUUCCCAAAAUUCUCAGACAAAUUUUGCAAGGAUUAGCUGAUCUUCAUAGUGGCGAAAAUCGCAUUCUUCAUCGUGAUUUAAAACCUACCAAUGUUCUCCGAGACUCACAAGACAACUUUCUGAUAGCUGACUUUGGCAUUAGUCGAAUAUUGAAGGAUGAUUCUACAACAUAUGAAAGCAAUACUUCCAUGGGAACUUUGCAUUGGAUAGCUCCUGAAUCAUAUUGCGAAAAUGAUGAUUCUGUUGAUAAAGCGCGUUACAAAAGAAGGUCUGAUGUAUAUAAUGCAGGGAUGGUAGCAUAUUAUGUAACAACAAAAGGAAAACAUCCCUUUGGAAUUCAACGGUAUAGACUGGACAACAUGCUAAGGGGAGACCUUGUUGGUUUGAAAGAAAUCAAGGAUGAAACACUAAAGGACCUUUUGUCGUGGAUGUUAAAGCUAAAACCUGAAGACAGACCAUAUUCUAACGAAGCAUUGAAACACCCGUUUCUCAUGUCAGAGGAUGAGAAGUUUGAAAUGUUAAGUAAAGUUGGGAACCUUCAACAGAUUAAGAAAAAUGAUCCCCAGUCAAGUGUCGCUCAACAAUUGAAUAGUGAAUCCGUACAUUUGAAAAGUCAAAUGGAUUGUGAUGUUUAUGAUUAUUUGGUGAAUGGAAGGGCCUAUAAAUCUUUAUGGACAGAAUGCUUAAGACUUAUUCGAAAUAUUGAUCAGCAUUGGGACGAUCGACCACGACCUCUACCACAACCAGAACCAUUUUAUAAGAUUGGCGAUUACAGGACGUAUUUUCUCCGAACAUUUCCUAAUCUCCCUGUUCGGGUACAUGCUGCUGUCAGGUCAAAUGAAGAAUUGAAAAACAAAGCAGAACUUAAGAAAUUUUUCUAUUUUAAUUAAAGCGAACUACAUCAAUAAACAAUUUAGAUACAACAGUACCUGUAGGGGGUAAAAAAGUAGCAAUUAAGAAAUCAUUGAUGCUGUAGAGAUCUUAUUUUAUAGAUAUAAAGAAAAACAGUUUCCACGACGUAUUUAGAUGAUAUUUCACCUCAUUUCUGGUGAAUCUAUAGCCUGUGGUAUUCAUUGAUACAAUGUAAUAUACCUGAUUAUUUAAUUUUUAUUGUAAAUUGUUUUGGAAAAAGACUGAAAGUGAAUAUGACAUUAAAAGUUAACUUUUA